GAGACUCUCUACUCUGACCACCAUGUCCGGAACUACUGCAAACGACCCCAACUGGAAGGGGCGCGAGAACGCGGAAGAGGCGCGCUUCAUUCACGCCAAGGAGCAGGAACAGCUCAAGGCACUCCGUGCGGAGCUCGACAAGAAGGAGUCCUCCGCCAAGACGACGACUAGCAGUAGUAAGCCCGCCGAGAGAGACUUCGAAGGAGGUUUCGGCGGGCAAGAGGAUCUCGAGGAUCGUUACGCUACGACAAGCGGGGAGCAUUAAGGGUUGAAGCUCGCGCUGUCGAAGUCAUAGGGAAAGGAAAGGGGAAUAAGGAAGGGGAAAGGAAGUCUGCUCAACCCUUUG